CCAAAUCGGAGGUCCGAGUCCACCGGCCCACCCAGCGGUCCGGCUGCUGGAGUUACACACUUUCCCGUGGAUUCCUUCAGGGAUCCCCUCCCCCUGCUCUCAGUGCCCUCGGACUAUUUAAGCGCGUGUCUGGGGAUGCUGCGAGGGCGGACGCGCUGGAGUCCAAAGCUUCCUUUGCUCGGUCGCGGCGGCUGCUGAGCGGCGAAGUGGCGCGGACCUCAUGUAGAAAUGACAACAAUGGAAGGGGCCAGCGGGUCGAGUUUUGGAAUAGACACGAUUUUGUCCAGUGCCAGUUCGGGCAGCCCCGGCAUGAUGAAUGGAGAUUUCCGCCCGCUCGGCGAGGCCAGGACCGCGGAUUUUAGGAGUCAGGCCACUCCGUCCCCCUGUUCGGAGAUUGAUACCGUAGGAACGGCGCCUUCUUCUCCCAUCUCCGUCACCAUGGAGCCCCCGGAGCCGCAUCUGGUAGCAGAGGGGCCCCAGCAUCACCACCACCUCCACCACAGCCAGCAGCCGCCGCCGCCAGCCGCGGCCCCCACGCAAAGUUUGCAGCCUUCACCCCAACAGCAGCCGCCGCCGCCGCCGCCGCCGCCGCAGCAGCAGCCACCGGCCCAGCAGCUGGGCCCGGCCGCCUCGGCCCCCAGGACUUCCACCUCUUCUUUUUUAAUCAAGGACAUCUUGGGCGACAGCAAACCUCUGGCGGCGUGUGCGCCUUACAGCACCAGCGUCUCCUCUCCCCACCACACCCCGAAGCAGGAGAGCAAUGCGGCGCACGAGAGCUUCAGGCCAAAGCUCGAGCAGGAGGACAGCAAAACCAAACUCGACAAGCGGGAAGAUUCCCAGAGCGACAUCAAAUGCCACGGAACAAAGGAGGAAGGAGACCGGGAGAUUACAAGUAGCCGGGAGAGUCCCCCUGUGAGAGCCAAAAAGCCUCGAAAAGCCAGGACAGCUUUCUCUGACCACCAACUCAAUCAACUGGAGCGUAGCUUUGAGCGGCAGAAGUACCUGAGUGUGCAGGACCGCAUGGACCUGGCAGCUGCACUCAACCUCACCGACACCCAAGUCAAGACCUGGUACCAGAACCGCAGGACCAAGUGGAAGCGGCAGACCGCGGUGGGCCUGGAGCUGCUGGCCGAGGCGGGAAACUACUCGGCCCUGCAGAGGAUGUUUCCGUCGCCUUAUUUCUACCACCCAAGCCUGCUGGGCAGCAUGGACAGCACCACGGCCGCCGCGGCCGCCGCAGCCAUGUACAGCAGCAUGUACCGGACUCCUCCCGCGCCCCACCCCCAGCUGCAGCGGCCCCUGGUGCCCCGUGUGCUCAUCCACGGCCUGGGGCCUGGGGGACAGCCAGCCCUCAAUCCCUUGUCCAACCCCAUCCCAGGCACCCCGCACCCCCGGUGAAGAACGAGCGACUGACAGCGCCGCGGUCCCUUCCCCGUCCCCUCCCCGACCGGACAGCUGCCCCUCCUCUCCCCGCUCAAGGCAGCGAGGCCUCUCUCGUUAGCGACCCCGGGAAGCAGGGAAGUGAGAGAAGAAGCCGCACACCAAUGGGAGGGGGGGGCCCCAAAGAGGAGCCAGCCCUCCACUCUCCAUCUCCCCACCCCCAGAAACAGGGCUGGAAAGCUCCCCACAGCAGUGUGACUGGCGAAAAUGCUGCCCCCACAGAAAGUGCGACCAGUAAGUGAAAACAUCAACAAAAACAAAACCUCAAGUUCUUUUUAAAAAUGACUUUACGGACAAGCAGGAGGGAGGGAGGGGGGAGGGGAAAGGAGGGAAGAAGGAAGGGCACGGAGAGGAAGCCGUAGGGGCAGAGAGAAUUGUAGAUGGACAGCCAGCCUCAGAUUCCGAGGCACAGGGCGUUGCUGUGGACAUUCCGUCUGCCCCAGAGAAAAGAGGAGGGUAACUGAGAACUUUGCACUGAUUUCUCAUGACCUUUUUUCUUUUGGAAAAGUGGCAUGCUCCAUAAUAUGAAAAAAAAAAUGUACAUUUGAAAGACUGAGUGAUAAGUGAUAUAUCAUAUUUAUUAUAUGUUGUCCAAAAAAGAGUCACUUAUAUACGUUAGUAAAACAUGAUUUUUCUUUUCAUGUCUUUUUGAUUCAGUAAAAUAAAUGCUUAGACAAAAAUAUAGAUUUUUUUGUGAUUGAAAAUUACAAAAAUAAAGUUUAUCUUUUUUUAACAAGCGAUGAAAUUCAAGGGAGCUGAUUUUACUAAAGCAGAACGUACUAUGAUGAAAUGCCUGACUUGGUUUAGGGGGAAAAAAUCCCUCCCAUCAUAUUAGGAAUUUACAAAAUCUGUAACGACUUUGGGUUGAGUUACAUAAAAGCAGCUCCAGUUUUCACGCUGGUCUCUUCCGA